GUUUGGUCACUCCUCUCACUGCCCCCAGCUGGCUCACACAUGGCAACACGCCCAGCCGCUCUCGCAGCCGCGGCCGGCGUAGCGGUCGGCGUAGUGGUCGGAGCAGCGCUGUCGGCGCUGUGGCGAAGGCGUAAACGCGCCGCCGAGCAAGUGAACGAGAGCACAAUCAGGCUGAUGACGCGUGUGGCCAUCGAGAGCGGCGCCGUCAAUCUCAGCCAGGGGUUUCCGAACGAGCCGCCACCGCGCGAGAUGGCGUGCGCGGCGGCCGGGGCACUCCUGUGCGGAGCGUCGGCUGAUAGCGCCGCCGCUGCUGCCGCAACCCUCGAGGCGACGGGCCCGCGGGCUGAAGAAACCGACGCGCUCAACCAGUACUCGUUCCCUUACGGCGCACCUGAGCUUCGGCGAGCGGUGGCCAAGUACUACGCCCAGCGCUUCCCCGGGGCGUUCGCUUACGACGCUGACGAGAACAUCACGAUCGUCGCGGGCGCGACCGAGGGUUUUGCGGCGUGCAUUCGCGCGCUGGCGGAGCCCGGCGACGUCAUCGCGUUCUUUGAGCCCUGCCACGAGCUUUAUCCCAGCCAGCUCGCGCUCUUCGGCAUGCUGCCGCGAGCCGUAACGCUGACGGCUCACGAAACCGACUGGUCGUUCGACGCCGCCGAGCUCGAAGCGGCGCUGCGAGGCGCGAGACUGUUCCUCUUCAACGACCCGCACAACCCAACGGGACAUCGCUUCUCGUCGGCUGAGCGCCGCCUCAUCGUGAAACUUUGCCGCAAGCACGGCGUCCUUAUCGUCACCGAUGAGAUAUACGAAUGGAUACUCUACGGUAGUGACAUCGACGUCCACGAACCGCUCGCGGUGCUCGACCCCGAGAACGUGGUGAUUGUGUCCUCUAUCUCGAAGACGGCACGCGCGACGGGCUGGCGAAUAGGGUGGGUCGUUGCGUCGGCGCCGAGAACCCAGCGCAUACGAGCCGUACACGACCAGCUCGUCGCGUGUGUGGCCACACCGCUGCAGAUAGGCGUCGCGCGCCUCCUGGAGAUGGACAAGGCACGGUUCGCGGAUCUUCGGGGCGAGUACCAAACAAAGCGCGACGUGCUCGGGGCGGCGCUGUCGAAGGCCGGCUUCGACCUCGGCCCUGAACCAAAAGGGGCCUACUAUUGGUUCGUCGGUUACAAAGGAGUGCCUCAGCUGCAGUCGUUGGACCCGCUGGCGGCCGCGAUGAUCAUGACGCGAGAGUACGGCGUCGCAUGCGUGCCGGGGGACAAUUUCUACGUGUCCGCGCGGCGGACUGAUGCGGCGCACGGCCAGCGGUACCUGCGCUUCGCGUUCUGCCGGUCGCUCGGCGUGCUGCAAGCCGCGGGCGAGCGCCUGGCGGCGAUGUCUGUUUAA